GCCCAAGGCGACCGCUGCAAAGUGUCAUGUAACAGCAAAAGGGUGUUGACGACGAUCUGGUGAAGUUUUUAUCCUUGUCCGGACCGCUCUCUACCCCUUUUCCCAAAAAGCUGUGAGGUUUCCAGCUACAAACAUGAGAAAAGCGAUCUUUCUUCUUUCCUUGGCUUUGUUUUUAGUUUGGUCGAAAGCCAAGGGCCAAGCUACAGAGAGUGGUCCGUCAACGACUACUGAAGACCCUAAACCAUGCGGAGACUUCCCAUGGAAUGGGGAUGACGUCACAGUGGACUGUGACUACAACUAUCAUGAAAUAAGGAAUGGUCAAUGGUGGUCUGACUUAAAGUUUGAGUUCUUUGGACGCUGCAACGUUACUUGCCCAAUUGAAGCAGACAUGUUGGUUGGACCUCCCUAUCUUGAUUCCCGUAUCCAUGACGGUGCCUACUUCUGCAAUAAAGACAACAGGACCUGGCUGGGAACAGAACCUGUGUGCUUGGGUCAAUACAACAGCACAACCAAGGUAACGGACGAAUCCAACACGAUCCGACUGGUAGGGGGAGUGUUUUACGGCUGUGUGGAGAUGUAUGAUGACGUCACAAACCAGUGGGGACCUGUACGGGGAUGGAAUCCGUAUAGUUACACUCACCAACAGAGAAUGGAUUGGGCAGACUUUGUAUGUAGAAAUUUGGGUUUUCCGACAGUACUUGCUACUUUGGCCUAUCCCUUUACCACUGACUAUGUUAAUUACCUGUCAAACCUUUACCGACCAAGCUACCCCUCUACAGUCCCCAAGUUUAUCACGUCUGACUUCGUCACUACUUCUUUCGGCGCGACUCUCCAUGAUGCCAUAGACCGUGUGGUAAGGGGGCCAUGUCCUUCCAACGACGAUUGGUGUAGAAAUGAGUACUUUACCUUGUGCCUAGCCUGUGCAGGACAGCAGAACAACGGUGAUCUACAAGUCUCAGACAUCAACGCCCAAGUGACCUGCACGUCAGACUCCAUUCUAGUCAUUUUUCCCCGCCCGGCGGACAACUCCAUUCAGAAGGCAGACGUCCAGUUAGCAGCGCCACCUUGCAGUGCUGAAGAUAACUCCACCCACAUCUACAUCCAGGCCCCCCUUACAGACUGUGGAACCGUCAGACAGGACACAGAAGACGACAUUAUCUACAGUAACACCCUGACCAUCAACGUCAACGCUUCUAACGUAAUUGUCACACGUCAUCACGUCAAGGUGAUCAGCAUAGAGUGUCGUCUGCCGCGACGUAACACCGUGGCCGUCAACUUUGACCCCCAAAGCUCAUCCGUGUUCCGGUCGCACAUCGUCGGCAGGGGUGAAUUCACCAUCUCUAUGGACCUGUACCUCAGUAACAGCUUCCGGUUCCCAGUCUCGGAAUAUCCACUGUCCGCGGAGUUGGGACAGAUGCUGUACGUGCAGGUACAGGUGACGUCAGACGACACGAACCUGCAGGUGUUUGCGGACACCUGCAUGGCCACGCCCACCGAAGACCCAGACGACAACACCGUGCUGUACCACCUUAUCCGCGAGGGUUGUGACGAAGACUCGACCGUGGCUCGCUAUUGGUCACCGUCAACAAUGGGGGAACGGUUCGGUUUCCAGGCAUUCGCCUUUACCAGCGGAGCACGUAAGGUGUACCUCCACUGUGACGUCCUGUUGUGUAACGCCACGGACCCGAACUCCCGGUGCGCCCAGGGCUGUCAGGCGGGCGGGAGGGUCGUGAGGGAGGCCGGGGGUGACACCGACACCGAUGCCUACCUGCUGAUCCAGGGUCCCAUCGUGCUGAACGACGAUCAAACUGUUCGCGAUGGCGCCUCAACAGGUCACGUCGUGAGCAUGGUCUCCUUCUUCCUUGGAGCAUGCGCAGUGAUGGUCGCCGCCAUGUUGAUCGACAUCUAGAGCAGACUGCAUGCCGGGAAGACGGGACAGAGCAUAGGGCGUUGAGAGAGAGGGGGGGGGGGCUGUCUCGUCGUUAUUUUGCUUAUUUCAGUCCGGUUAAAUAUCCAGUAACGUCAUGCUUUAUUGUGAUGUUUGAGAGCUUUAUCUGAGUGAUUUAUACAUAACCCCGAGUAUAGAUCGCUAUGUCAUAUAAUGAACUUUCAAAUAUGAUGUUAUUUGUCGUGCUAUAUUUUCGCUAUCUUCGUUAGCGAAGCAAAGCCGAGAGAGAUUUGAAAUACUAGUACAUUAGUGCAUUUUCAAUGCCUUUCUGUUAUAUACAUAGAAAUAUUCUAGCAUCUAAUUAAUCAUCAUUUAUAUGAUUCCUGAGGUUAGAUAAGUAACAAUAACAAUAAGCACGUUCAUCAUUCCGAGUACGCAUGCACAAUGACAGGAACUUUUGGUACUAUUUCAAAAGUUGAUCCUGAGACAUAUACAUUAACCACGUCUUUACACAUGGUAUCCAAGCCGAGACAAUACAAUGGUCGACACGAGAACCGUUUACAAGUUAGGGGACUUUACCAUUGACAUAUUAGUCACAAUUCCCGUUCUGCACAUGCGUACAAGGAAAAGAGAACGAGCUUAUUUUCGAACAGCCUACUUUGCAUUCUAAAUUGCUACACAGUUUCCGUCUAUAAUACUAAUUCGUAAACGCUGACUGGUGAUCAUGUACUGUUACAGUAGUACUUUAUAUAAAAAAAUUAUAUACUUGUAUGUCAUAUGUUAUGUCUUAUAACGGUAAUAUACUUAUAUAUACGUAAUACGUAAAUUAGCAUGACUUAAGAGCAACUUGAAUUAAUAGGACCUGUUUUGUUUUGCUUGUUAUAAACUGAAGUGGAGCUUGUAUAACUUAAGAUAGACGUAUUUUUUGCUUUGAUUAAUGUUAUGAAAAUACUUGCUUUGAAGA